AAAUAGGAUGAUAAGGGUAGUGGGGUAUGGUAGUCGCUCAUGCGCGUAUGGAACCCCGCCCUGUCGUUUCGGACGAAAGCUUGUCCUCCCCCAUCGAGGACUUUUGUUACGACGUUCUGACGACUAGUCGCGCUUUAACUCGCGAUCCGCGAGGCGGAUGAUGGUGUGCCGGGACACACGCAUUCAUUGAUCAGAAAACACAAGUGCGGCUCUUAUUAUUUUUCGUCAAAGUAAAAUAAUCUUGCUGAUUAAAAACAACCCACCAAAGCCCAAUUUCAUCCCCUUGGUUGGCUUUGUCAAUUGGAUAGGAUUAUUGUUAUCCCUUUGUAUUUUGGACAACCAAAAAUUAUUGUUAAUAUCUUUUAAAACCUACCCCUCUCUCACCCUUCGUAUUAUCAAUUUUUUCUAUCUCUUUCUUUCUUUCUUUCUUUUUCUCUCUGUCUUUGUCAUUUCCACCCUCUCUCUCUCUCUCUCUCUCUCUCUCUCUUUCUCUCUCGUUUAAGAGAGAGUAUACACGCGUACUGACAAAGCGCGCGCCUGAGAGAAGAGAAAGCUCUCUCGUGGAGGAUAUACAUCUGUACAGGUGGUUCGUGCAAGGAUCGAUCGUAGGAUAACGUCGUUCUAACGCGUGAUUCAAUAUUCUCGUAUUCACUCUCUAUCUGUCUACUCUCUCUCUCUCUCUCUCUCUUUCUAUUUCUCUUAUACACACAUACAAACGUAGACAUAUACUUUCAAUCUUAUAUCCAUCUAACUUUGACUUCUUUAUUUCUGCCUAAUAUCUUUUUUCUAACUCCGUUCAUCUAUUUCUAACGACAAUGACAAAUUCUUGAGAAGACACACGAGAAAACGGAUUAAGAAAACGGAAAAAGAAAAUAAGAAAAAAAGGCGGGACAACAUCUUGGAAAAUUUCAAGGAAGGAUUACAAUUACAUAUACGGAAGAAAAUCUGUAAAUGAAAAAAAUGAUAUAUAUGUGGUAGAGAAAAAAGUAAUAAAAAAUAAAAUAAAAUAAAAUAAGAGAUUCUCUACUGAUAGAAUCAAAUAUCAAAGGGAGAGACAGAGAAAAAAAAAAAGAAGAGGAAGAAGAAGAAGAAGAGGAAGAAGAAGGAUUUGGUAGUCCGUUACGAUGGCUACUUAUUUAUUUGCAUGUAUAAACAAAUAGGAAGGAUAGUUGAUAAAAGACAUUCGCGAGAGAGAUAGUAUCUACUCUAUCUAGAUGAUGAUGAUAUAUAUAUAUCAUUUUUUUAAGGGAGAGAGAGUAAAAAAUAGUAAUUAAUUUAGAAUGAUAUUCCGUGAAUUUGAAGGGCAAACGACACCACCACCAAUUUUUAACUGACUUCAAGAGUUUUAUCUCUGGCCUAAGAAAGAAAAAAAAGAAAAAAAUACGACGAGUGUCUGUGACCCUCUUUUGUAUCAUUAAUGAAGAUUUCAACGAGAGUUACCGUGAGGAAGUUUACUUUUUUUUCCCCUUCUGAGGCCUAUCCUUGCGAGAGACAACGAUAUAUCAUCUAAAGAGGGAAAAAUAAAAAAGGAAAAAUUUAUAAUGGAAUUUCGAAGAUAAUAAUAAUGAUCAUCGAAUUUAGAAAUUCCUUCUGCUCCGUGAAAAUCGAAUCUCAGCGAGAGCUAUGAACAUUCCGUUAAUUGGAAGAGGAGAAUCCAGUGAGGUGCCUAACUCGCGAUCGGCUUAGCAACGAUUCACGGAUUCGAUUCGUAAAGCCCCGCGCAGUUGAACGCACACAAACCAACCAACCCAACAAACCAACCAACGUGUCGCGGCUUUAAAAAUAUCGAAUCUGUUGUAUAUCGAGCGCGCUUGCGAAUGCAAUCGGGAAUAGUAUUCGUGAUAACGAUUUCAAAUAGAAUUUACGACGCGUGGGUUAGUCGAGGAUCCAACAACAGAUCGAUACACUUUCAACGAUGUUUCAUAGUUCCUCUCGUUCAUACGAGCGUCUCGUAGUAAUCGUUGAAAGAUUAUGAUCGAUAAUAUUUCGUAUUAGAAAUAAUAGUAUUUAAAGGGAAAAAUAUAAUAAACGGUGGAGUGAAGAAAAAGAAAAAGAAAAAGGAAGAGUUAGUUUCGAUCGGCAUACAAAUCGAUUGAACAUAAAGAAGGGAAGAAGAGGAAGAAGAAGAAGAAGAGGAAGAAGAAGAAGAAGAAGAAGAAGAAGAAGAAGAAAGGUCCGGUAAGAGGAGGACGCUCGAUGAUUCCUAGCAGAAAGAAUUUAACCGGAGGGAAUCGCGGCAUUGAGUCGUCGCGAGUAUCAGAAAUUAUUUUGCCCUCGGUAAGGAGGACAACAACGGGAAGGAGGGGGGUCGAAGGAACGAUUAGGACGAAUAGGAUCGGGUGGUGGUUGGGGCCUCUUUGAGAGCCGCGGGUGGGUGAUGCGGGGGAGCAGCUCGGAUCUUCUGUUGGAGGCGAGUUGUGGGCACUGUCACUGUCAUUGUCAGUGUCAGUGUCAGUGUCAGUGUCAGUGCCAGUGUCAGAACGAUUACCAUCAUCAUCAUCAUCAUCGUCGUUAUCACGGCCAACAGAGUCUUGGGAGUUCGAGCGCAGGUGGGGAUCUCGGGGACGGGGGUGGGGGUGGAGGAAGCGGGGGUGGUAGCGACCGUCAUCACCACCACUAUCAUCAUCAUCAUCAUCAUCAUCAUCGGCAGGAACGUUACAAGAAGAAAAUUGAGCCGCGUGAAUCCAAGGAAGGUGAAUUACGUCGUCGCAAACUGUUGGAGUUAGGUUUUGGCGCUGCUAGGCGCCGACCGCCACGACGCACCUGCCGUCAGCGGCUUAAUUUUUAUGCGACCUCGGCUCUGGCCUUCGUCGCGACCUCAGGUGGUGCCGCCCUCCUCUUUUUGGUACCCCUUUACGUUGAUCCGGCUAUCAGCACCCUGGCUGCUGAUUUUUCACCCGAACCGGUCAUCUGUACUACAUCCAGACGCGAAGAACUCUGGGGUCUUUUCAAUUGCACAUGGAGCUCAUGCCGGGAGGGAUGUACCAGCGACGUUUACAGAUGUACUCAUAUAUAUGUUACAUAUUCACCUUGGAACAACGAUAGUAUGAAAAAUGACACGGAAAUUAGCGGAUCUACUACCACUACCACUACCACCACCACCACCACGGCUACCGCUGCUGCUCUUCCUGGAGCAACGAACGUGGCCGACAUAGAAGCGGUACUUCUCGUUAAUAUCAAGGGCUGCGGUUACCCACCUGUCGUUGAUUGCGAGAAUUUUACUCGCGACAUGGGCUACGAGGGUGCUAAAUUUCCGUGUUAUUACAGUCGCGUUAACGGGAGCAUCGUGAUGGCAUCUUAUAACAGAGAAGAACAAGUAGCUACGAUCAUUCAACUAUUUGCUGCACCCUUGGUCGUAACUCUAGCAACUAGCGUAGUCCUUUGCGUCAUGCAUUGUGACUGCAGGUGCACCCCACCCCCACGGCAUCCAACGCGUGGCAUGAGAAUGCACCGAGCUAACGAUCUCAGUGACCACUCGAUCAGCAACCGCGUGGAUAGGCGAGGUUAUCCGAUGCACUGCGAAUGUGAGUGCGGUGAAGUAACCAGGCCCUUAUGACGACGCGAGGAAACGGCUGAGAGUGGUUUGAUCACUUCUCAGUCGGAUUUUUAGGAUUAACAAUCGAUAUCUUCUCUUCCUUCCAUAAUCCUCCCAAUUUAAUUGAUUACUUUUCCUCGUACGCAAUUAUUAUUUGAUUUUCUUACGUAGUUACUUUAAUUAUUCGAAAGUGUAUAUAUAUAUUAACAUGCACACACCACACAUAUAUAUAUAUAUAUACACAUGCAGCAUUAUAUACAUAGACUUUAGAAAUGAAUACGAGGAAAUCGUCAUCUUUGUUACGUCAUUAUGUCGUAUACACACCCCCCCAUGAUCAGGAAAUAAUUACCAUGCUAUUCGAACGUACACACAUAAAUGAUGGUGGCCUGAUGAUGGGUAACAUAUUCCAACCUCGUAUAUGAUAAUAUCUACGCCUAUUUGCUAUUACUGUUGCUGCUGCUGCUGCUGCUACUACUGCUGCUGCUGCAUCACGUGUAAGAAGACAUCACGGAAUCACCAUGAAUAUUCGCUUCGUUAUCUCGAAUUUCUUCAAGAGAAAUAGAGAUAAAUGAAUUAUUAUGGAAGUGAUAACGAACGAAAUUAAUGUGCCGUUACUUUACUAUUAAUACCCUUGUUUGUUUCUUUUUCUUUUUUCUCGACACUCCCAUUUUCAUUUGCCUUUUCGUAGGAUUCGGUGAACUAAGAAAGAAUAAAUGGAUGGAUGAAGUUAAUAAAGAAAGGGGAGAGGACAAAAGAAAAAGAAAAAGAACAAAAAAAACAAGUAAAAGGCAACGUGUUCCAAAAGUAGUCGAGCAGCUGACUUUCAAAGGUGCUCUUAAAUCUAGUUCGAGCAUUCCUGAGACCAUUUUCUAUAAAAGAUUCAAGCCGAUAGAUAGAUAGAUAGAUAAAUAGAUAGAUAGAUAGAUAGAUAGAUAGAUAGAUAAAGAUGAGAGAUAAUAAUAUCGUAAAAUUGUGAAAUAUAUAAAAGGAGAUAGAUAAGCCGAACAACGAUCAAAAAUCUAAACGGGAAAUGGGGAAGAAGAAGAAAAAAAAAAGAACAGUCUCUUAAAGAUAAUUUAUCACUAGAGUCCUAGUGAUAUAUUAUACUUCAAUCUGAUAGUUUCGAUGAAGAGAUAGACAGACAGGAAAAGAGAGAGAGAGAAAGAAAUAAUGAAAAAAAAAAAAAAAAAAAAAAAAAAAAAAAAAAGAAGAAACACAAAAAAACAACGAGGAAUGCAUGUCCUAUAGCAAAAGAUCGAAGUUUUUGGCGACGUUACAAAAAUCGAACGUGGUGUAUCGUGUAUUUCGUUAGCCUGACGUUUGCCAAGAAGCAACCAACCAACCAAUAAACCAACCAACCAACCAACCAAUCAUUUUCCAACAUGACGAGGAAGAAUUUCGUCCGAGCGGCUGGCCGACUCGGCAGAAAAAAAAAAAA